AGACACAGACCUUAGCAGACAUGUUUUAAGACGAAACAUCAAGUGAGAGACGAGCAGAAGUUGCUUUUUGACUCUGGAGCGCGCAGACAUGGAUUCAAAGUGGAUUUCGUCGCUUCUGCUGCUUGUCGGCUUCGCUUCUGCUGUUCAUGCGCAACGAGGCCGAAGUUUUAUUGGAAUACAGACUGAGAGUGGAACCGUUAUUGAUGAUGUCGCAUUAGAUGUGCUGCAGAGCGGCCUUACCACCGUCUUCUUUCCGAUUGUCUACACCGUUGUGUUUGUGGUGGGCCUGACUGCAAAUGGGAUGGCCUUAUGGGUGUUCCUCUUCAGAACCAAGAAGAAGCACCCUUCCUCCAUCUACAUGGCCAACCUUGCCUUGGCUGACCUGCUGUUCGUUGUCUGGAUGCCUCUGAAAAUUUCCUACCACGUAAAUGGAAACAACUGGCUCUAUGGGGAGCCCCUGUGCAAAGUCCUGGUGAGCUUCUUCUAUGGGAACAUGUACUGUUCAGUGCUGUUCAUCACCUGCCUCAGCGUGCAGAGGUACUGGGUCGUGGCAAACCCGCUGAGUUCGCAAAGGAAGAACAACAAAGUCGCUAUCGGCGUCUGUGUGGCUAUCUGGGCUUUCAUUUGGAUCACCUCCGUUCCUCUGUACCUGUACGAUCACACAACUAAGAUCAAAGGCGUGAACAUGACAACCUGCCACGAUGUGAUCGUCAUAGAUUCAAAUGCCGACGACCUGUACCCUUAUAUCAAGUAUCCAUUCUUCUAUUUCAUGUUCAUGGCCACAGUCUCAUUCUUCAUCCCUUGCAUCGUACUCAUUGUGGCAUACGUGUUGCUGCUCAAAACUCUGGGGAGCAACACGGUCGACAGCAGUGCAACAAAGACACGGAGAAAAGCUGUCGUGUUGAUCCUGGUUGUCCUGGUCACCUUCCUCAUCUGCUUCAUUCCCAGCAACGUAAUGCUGGUGGUGCACUAUGUCCUGGUGAAAACCAAAAUGGUGGACAAAGGCUACGGCUUUUACAUCACGUCACUGUGUCUGGCGAGCCUCAACAGCUCCCUGGACCCUUUCAUCUACUACUUUGUGUCGGACGAGUUCAAGGAGCACGUAAAGAACACGCUGCUGUGCCGCAGCAACAGAACCGUGGAACAGGAGAAGGCCGUGUACAGCUCCAUGAAGUACUCCAAGAAGAGCCGGUCGUUCAUGUCCGGAAGCACCAACACGGAAAGCAGCACCUGUUAGCGACCGAGCCCGGACUGUUCCACGCUGCGGGUGCUUCCACUCCUCUGCACUGAUGUCAUCGUCCAUCAUGAACCCGACCAAAGAUGAACUCUGAACCUCGAUAGCACUGCAGCUUGUGAUGUGUGACUUUAUCAGGAGCUGCUCAGUGUUAAACUGUGAAUCAUUAUAUGUUUUGUUCAAUGUUAUAUUAUGUGUAAAUGGAUGUAAACAUGUCAUAUCAACUGUUAAAAAGGCUGAUAUUUAUGGCAUGGGAUGCAUUAAGUGGGAUUUUCCUGGACAGCACAGAUUUCCAAUGUUUAAGGUCGGAUCUGAUGAUUCAAGUGUGUGUUUUUUGCCAGUUGUGAAUCAAACAUGAAAUGAAAAGAAAUAUUUCUGACCUUUGCAUAGACACAGAAAAACGCCCUGAGAAAUCCUGAUGUUGGUUGAUGAGUUUAUAGACGGGGAAAGGCGGACAUUUUUAUUUUCAACAUCUGAUUGAAAUAUAAAGACAAAAAUUCACUAUUUAUCUAUUUUUAUAGCCAGUCAGUGCAUCUUUUUAUUUAUACUAUCCUGGACAUAAUGCAAGUUGUAUAUAUUAAAUGGCUACAAUUAUUCAGUCUGAUUGCUAGAAAAUGUAUAUAAAAAAAUAUGUUUUUUUACACAUUUGUCAUAAAAACUGUUCCUGUCGUUGUUUGAAUUCAUUUUAAACCUUUUGUUGUUGAGCUCUUGACACUGUUACGUGUGUUUGUUCUGCUUUCUUAAAUAAACAGAACAAAAACACGGUUUCUGUGAAACUCCAUUGUCUCGUUGCGUCAUUGUGCCGUCCUGAGUGAGUCACGGGCCUCGUUAUCAUCCGGCAGAUGGACAUCCUCCUCUUAGCUCACUUAAUCUUUUGAAACCCUUGGAAUUUCUGGAAUGUGCUGUGUUGAAAUGUGGAGCACCGCGGCACACCGAAGAGCAGGUCAAAGAUCAAUUCGAAGAAGGGUUAGUAAGCUCCGGGUUGAGGAAUGUCAGAAGGCGUGAUGAGACACAUUUUACAGACGAUCUUGGGAAGUCGUCAUCUCGCUGGUUUCAGUGUUCGCUUUUUUUUUUUUCCUGCAAUUGGAAACUUGUGUCUAGUUUCAUUGUUGGAUCUCUGGUCCUGAUGCUUGUUUUAAUGUUACAGCUUCUACUCAUUCUUUCCCGAAACAACAAAAAAAAAGGCCUCAGUGCUUCUUAUCUGGUCAUUCACGUCAAGAGAAUCGGCAAGCCUUCACGUUCUGGCGCUCGCCACACUUUUCACAGGGCUCCACCGUCCCACAGAGCCGCCAGGUUCCUGUUUUAACGACCGGUCGGGGCAGAGCAGUGGGUAAAUCAUUGGCUGUAGAGUGUCACCUUACCCUUUGUCAACGCUCCGGGGCAGAAGGCCUUCCUUUCAGAGCGGAGCCACACCCUGGUCACGUUACCCCGCUGACGCGGCUCCUUUCCAAGGAACAGUUUUGACGUAAUGAAAAGAAAGUGCUGGGCGUUAUUUAAAAAAAGGAGAAGCACUUUGCUGCACAAACACACCAAUGCAAAACAACCUACUUUAUGUCAAAUACCAACACAAAGUGGCGUACGAUUACGAAUUGGAAAGAAAAUUACACGUGAUUCAAAACAUUUUUUGAAAACAAACAAUGAAAAGAAGGGCUUAGUUUUGGGAUGGAGAACAUUCGCCUCAUUUUGCUUAUUUUAAUUUGUUCAGAGAGAAGAAGCUAUCCAAGCUAACCCGGCCUCUAUAAUCUCCUCCACAAACAUAAUAACUGGUUCUUAGAUACCUUGAGGCGACAAGCUUUUUUAAUGACCGAUAUUCAUCUGUUAGCCUCCAUGCAGAGGAAUUUUGACCCAGUCUUUGCUGUUGAACAGGUUUUAUUCGGUAUCACUGGAUUUUUUUUCAUUUUGGAAAAGUUAAGCUUUUUUAAAAGAAAGUGUCACAAUUGGACUUUGAUUAGGUCAUUCUAAACCCUUUUGUUGUAUUGUGUUCUUUUGUGUUUUGAGCCACUGAGACAUGAACUGCUGUAUAAACUCAUUAUCGUUGAGCUUACAGGGUCAUGAGCUGACAGACAGACAGACAGACAGAAGCAAAGCUAGAGGGCAAAAACAAUGACUACAUAACGUGAAACUUCCAAAAAUAUCGGCACCGGAAAACAGAAUUAUGACUGAAAAAUCUUAAUAUUGACUCUGAAACAAAAAAAAACAUACGGUGCAGAAAAUGUUGCAUAGAAAGUGAAAAGGAUCAACUGAAACUAUAGACAAUAAAAAAGAUCUUGUUUUCA